AUGAAGAAAACGCAGGAGAUCACUUUAUUGCAGAACUUAAUGGAUUACCUACCAUAUGAAUUUAUUGUAAACGAUCAAGAGAUAAUCAAUUUGGUUCUUCAGGAGAAUAGCGAAUCAUCAGAUAGUCCUAAUACUGAUGAGGAAAACAAAUCGUAA